CCUGUAGCUUUACGGUGAUGGAGGGCAAGUCGGUUGAGCUGCUUCUUGGCCUGGAUAUGCUCAAGAGAUACCAAGCCCAUAUCGACCUGGCAAAGGACAAGCUCAUCAUCCAAGGCCAGGAAAUUUCCUUUCUUGGAGAAGCUGAGAUUCCAAAGGAGGAGGAGGAAGCCGCCAUUCAAGAACCUACUAUACCAGGUCCGGCGGGCACUGCCAUUGGCCAAAGAUCUGGAGCUGUCAUGCCGGUGCAAGAUGCCCCCUCGCAAACCUCUUCACAGCCUGCAGCUCAGGCACAAGCACGGCCACCGCAGCCGGCGGCUCCCGCCCAACCGGCAGCUCCGGCAGCCGGCGUAACCCCAGCUCAUAUCGACAGUCUCAUGGCCAUGGGAGCUACUAGGGAGCAGGCGAUCCAGGCCCUUCAGGCCGCUGAGGACAACGUUGAUAUGGCGGCCAGCUUAAUCUUUUUUUAAAACUCCUUACCUAAUGAGAGUAUGAAUAAUCAGCAUUGCCCUGCAACGAGGGUAGAGCGCGGGAAUCUUUUGCUUUUUGUUUCCUUGCGCUUUCGCGCGUUUUGUCUGCUUUUCCUUCUCGGUACCUAAGAAGAAGAGCGUUUGCACGAACCUUGUGGCUAAAAAUCUAUGCAGCAUCUAGAGGCGUUUAGGGAAAGUUGGUAGUGAUGGAUAUAAUAGGUAGAAAACAACAAGAAUGAAGCAAAGAUGUUCGUAUUAUGCUG